AAUAUUUUUUUGAUUUCAAUAUUCCGAGGAUAAUUGAAGGCUGAGAAGAGUGUCCUUUUGGAGGAUAGUCCAAUCCGAUCGAACUUUUUUGUGAUUUCAAUCAAUGUCGAUUCCAACGGAUAAUUGAAGUCUCAGAGAGUGUCCUUAAUUUGGGGGGCAGUUCAAUCCGAUCGACGGUCGAUCAAAUCAAUGGCGGCAGCGGCGGCGGAUCCUCCACUCUGGUGGGGAGCGUACGAGCGGCUGCGGUGGUGGUUGGUGGACAACCCGACCGUCUCCUCGUUCGAAUGGUCACCCGGGCGCACCUUGGGCGCCUCCGUGCCCUUCGUUGCGACUGCCGUCGCCACCUACCUCGCGGCCGUGCUGGUCUUCCGCCAGGGCGGCGGCCUGUUGCCGCUCCCCUCGCCGCCUCCUGCCGUCCUCCGCCUCGCCUCCGCCGCCCACAACGUCGUCCUCCUCGUGCUCUCCGCCGUCAUGGCCGCCGGCUGCGCCCUCUCGGCCCUCACCCGCAUGCCCUCGCCGCGCUGGCUCUUCUGCUUCCCCCCUUCCCCUUCCCCGUCCGCCAACGCCGCCGGCCCCGUCUUCUUCUGGGCCCACGUCUUCUACCUCUCCAAGCUCUACGAGCUGGCCGACACCCUCCUCAUCCUCCUCUCCGGCGAGGGCGGGCGCCGCCGCCUCACCUUCCUCCACGUGUACCACCACGCCGUGGUGGUGGUCAUGUGCUACGUGUGGCUGGCCGCGUCGCAGUCGCUGGUGCCGAUCGCGCUGGUCACCAACGCGGCCGUCCACGUCGUCAUGUACGGCUACUACCUGUCCUCCAGCCUCGGGCGGCGCUGGCCGCCGCGGUGGAAGCGCGCGGUGACGGAGAUCCAGAUCGCGCAGUUCGUCUUCAGCUUCGCGGUCUCGCUGGUCUUCCUCUGCUACCACUUCCGCUCCGCCGCCGGCUGCCGGGGGAUGAGCGGAUGGCUCUUCAACGCAGUCUUCAACGUCUCCCUGCUCGCCCUCUUCCUCAACUUCCAUACCCGCGCCUACCCGGCCUCCGCCUCCCCGAACGACAACGAGAACGAGAACGAGAACGAGAAGAAGAAGAAGAAGAAGAAGAAGAAGAACCGCGCCUAGCUAGCUCCAUCAUUCAUUCCUUUCGGAUUCGCAUCGGGCUGGGUGCAAAUUUGCGUUUCUCUGCCCAUUAUUAUUUUAUUUAAUAUAAUAAUGGGCAGAGAGUUGUUGUUCGUGAGGAAAGGCUUGGCCGAAAAUGUUAGGACGUGAUUUCCAGUCACCGUACGUACAUUAAUUCAGGCGAGAGCUUUCUUGGUUAGGUGUAACUGGCUACAAUUCAGAAGCUAUUUGAAGAUCAUCGCUAGAUUAUACUUCGAUCCA